GAAGCGGCGCUGAGCAUCAGAGCGCCGAUCCGUGUCUGUGGCGGGGAGGCGGGCAGCAUGUUGUCCCCGUGCCGCGGAUCGCAGCUCGCAGUCCGGUUCCAGGCUCCGCGGCGCAGAGCCGCCAUGGGUUAGAGAGGACGCACGCGGAUCAUGGAUUAUCCACUUUGCGCACGCCAGCGAGGAUGACGCGGCGCAGAAGGGACUUGUUUUCGGACACACGCUGACAAAGAAGACGGAGCGAGACAGAGCGGCGUUUUUCUGUCCUCUUCCUUGUUUUAUUGUUUUUUUAUUUUUGAUUGUGCGCGACAGACAGAGAUGUUUGCAGAAGUGCUGUGCGGCGCCGUGGCUCUGCUCCUCUAUGUCAACACUCUGGAUGCUGAUUUCUGCUACGAUGACAGCCGUGCAAUCAAGACCAAUCAGGACCUCCUUCCAGAGACCCCCUGGACAAACCUCUUUUACGAUGACUUCUGGGGCACCUUACUCACACACAGUGGCAGCCAUAAGUCUUACCGACCCCUCUGCACCCUCUCCUUCCGCCUUAAUCAUGCUGUGGGUGGGAUGGAGCCUUGGGGGUACCACGUGGUUAAUGUGGCCUUCCACGGUGCUGUAACUGUCCUGUUUACCAUCCUGGCUCGCCUGCUGCUCGGAGGAGGACCGUGGAGCCUUCUGGCAGGCUUGCUCUUCGCUUCUCACCCCAUCCACACCGAGGCGGUGGCCGGUGUGGUCGGACGGGCCGACGAGGGUGCUGCCCUGUUCUUUUUGCUGUCGCUGCUGUGUUACAUCCGUCACUGCAGGCUGCGGGGGCCGGACGGGGCCCUGCGGCUCACAGCGUGGCUCCUGGGCAGUUUGGGAUGUGCUGCAUGCAGCAUGCUGUGGAAGGAGCUGGGAGUCACCGUCCUGGCCGUGUCUGCGUUGUACGACGUCUGCGUUGUCCACAGACUCAGGCUGCGGCAGAUCGUCACGCUCGUCUACAAGAGGAAGAACCUCCACCUGCUGCUCAGCGUGUUCCUGCUGGCAGCUUGGGGCGUCGUCUUGUUGGCCGCCCGCUUCUACUGGAUGGGCAACAAACCCCCGAACUUCUCCAACUCCGACAACCCAGCAGCCGACUCGCCUUCGCUCCUCACCAGGACCCUGACCUUUUUCCACCUGCCUGCCAUUAACUUCUGGCUCCUCCUCUGCCCCAACACUCUCAGCUUCGACUGGUCGAUGGACGCCUUGCCUCUGAUCAGGAGCCUCGCCGACUGGAGGAACUUUCAAACCCUCGUUUUUUACGCUGCUCUGCUGUUGCUCGCCUGGUUUGGUCUGUGGAAACAGCAGAGGGUCCAGAGUAGAGACACCAACGGGAAAGCGCAUCAUUAUAUAAACGGACGAAACGGGAACAGUAAUGGAUACAGUCAUCAUUGCAACAGCGCGAGUGGCUCUCAUGCUGAAGAGCACUUCAACAACACACAAAACGGCACCAAAAAGCACAACGAGAGCAGGACUUCUCUGCCCACCACUGAAAACGUGGUGGUGUUCUCUCUGGGCCUCCUGGCCAUCCCUUUCCUGCCCGCUACCAACUUGUUUUUCUAUGUGGGAUUUGUGAUCGCGGAGAGAGUCCUGUACAUACCCAGCAUGGGCUUCUGCCUGCUGGUUGCAGCGGGGUUGAGGUCCGUGCACAUCCGGCUGCGCCACCGGUUCUGCAGGAGACUGCUGGUAUGCUGCAGUGCAGCACUGAUACUGCUGUUUGGUAUCAAAACUGUUCUGAGGAACCGCGACUGGCAGAACGAGGAGAUGCUCUACAAGUCAGGGAUUUAUGUCAACCCUGCUAAAGCGUGGGGGAACCUUGGAAAUGUCCUCAAGAGCCAAGGAAAGAUGGAGAAAGCGGAGCAGGCCUACAGAAAUGCGCUGUACUACCGCAGCAACAUGGCAGACAUGCUGUAUAACCUUGGUUUGCUGCUCCAGGAGAGCAACAAGUUCUCAGAGGCCCUCCACUACUAUAAGCUGGCCAUUGGGAGCCGGCCAACGCUGGCUUCGGCCUACUUGAACACGGGCAUCAUCCUGAUGAAUCGGGGUCACACAGACGAAGCCAAGCGCACCUUCCUGACAUGCGCCGACAUCCCGGACGAGAACCUGAAGGACCCGCACGCUCAUAAGACCUCUGUCACCAGCUGCUUGUACAACCUGGGGAAGCUGCUCCAUGAGCAUGGCCAUCAGGAGGAAGCCCUCUCCGUGUUCAAAAGAGCUCUGCAGAAAAUGCCAAGACAGUUUGCGCCGCAGAGCCUCUACAACAUGAUGGGGGAGGCCUACAUGAGGCUCAACAAGCUGAGCGAAGCCGAGCACUGGUACCGAGAGUCGCUGAGAGCCAAGCCGGACCACAUUCCCGCACACCUCACUUACGGCAAACUCCUGUCCAUGACGGGGCAGAAAGCAGAAGCAGAGAAGUACUUCCUCAAGGCCAUUCAGCUUGAGCCCACAAAAGGCAACUGUUACAUGCAUUAUGGUCAGUUUUUAUUGGAAGAGUCACGGCUGCUGGAAGCAGCAGAGAUGGCAAAGAAAGCUGCUCGCCUCGACAGCGGGGAGUUUGAUGUGGUCUUCAGUGCAGCCCACAUGCUCAGGCAGGCCAACCUAAAUGAGGCAGCUGAGAAGUUCUACGCACAGGCGGCCAGCCUGAGACCCAACUACCCAGCAGCCUUAAUGAACCUGGGAGCCAUCCUCCACCUCAACGGGAAACUGCAAGAAGCUGAAGCCAAUUACCUCAGAGCGCUUCAGCUGAAGCCGGAUGACACCAUCACCCAGUCGAACUUACGUAAGCUGAAGAACAUCAUGGUGAAGCAGGGCCUGAGGACUACCAGCCCCUGACUUCUCCCAGCCCACCUUCCUGCCAUCUGCACACCAGACCCAGAAAAAGGACGGCCGACGAGCUCCGGAUUCCUGUUUUUCAACCAGGAGAGCCGGAAGACACAGAGGGAGGAUGUUUGCACAGAGGCCAAGAUUGUGCCGCACAGUUCCUCUAAUGACCCCUGAGCUUCCUCGUUACCAAGUCUCCUCAAACUCUUCUAGGAUCUUUCCUAAAAAAGGUGACAGGUACAUAAUAACACGAGGAGCUGCUUGAUGGGUUUCAAGCACUUGUUCAACCCAGAACAUGAAGAAAUAUUGCUCAUUUCUAACGUAAUAAUCCAAGUUACUUAAAUCUGUUCCACAUCCUACGAGUUUCUUUCAUUUGCUCGUGAGAUUACACACACUUCACAGUGAAGUUAAAGUUGAUGAAAAAGCGCUUUCAGUGAAACAUUUUGAAGAAGGGAAUUGGGUUUGUGAAAUCAUUGCAGGCAAUGAUCAACUGAAAGCCACAGAAAAUGUGGAUUUUGCUAGAAUAAAGAAAAAACAAAGAUUAGUAUUAAAGUUCAAGUUAUUGUGUCCUCUGGCAAUAAAGCGUCCAGAAAAUUAAUUUAAAAUGAAGCUUCUUUAGAAAUGAAAACUUCAUAUAUUUGUUUCUGUUGCAAAGCUUUUACAAAAUAAAAAAGAUUGGAUGCCUUUAAAGGGACAUUUUCCUCAUUUUCUUGGCUUGAGCAGGUGCUUCAUGUGAGUUUCAAGCCUAGAAAUAACCCAAUAUCGCAGCAUGACCCACCUGCUUUACCUGUGAAUUCCAACAGCUGAUCCUUUAAGGACUAAACAACAACUAGUGGACUUUAUUCCACUCAAACAAAAACAAGAAAGGACCUUCAGAUAAGGGAGAAAUUCUAGCCAAAAGCCUCACUGAUGCACAGCGUCAUCAUGCGUUUAAAGGGAAACAUUGUGUCUCGUGUUAAACAAAAGUCAUUGGGUUUGUAUAAAUGAAAAGUUCUGUUUAUUCAGAAAAUCAUGAAGCAGGUGGGAUCCAAGCUAGUUUGUACAAAAUGGAGUACUUCCAAAAAAAAAAAAAA